AUGUCGUCCCUCAAACCUUUGCACAUUCUAGCCUUUGGCGCUACUGGCAACAUUGGGAAACACAUCGUCAACCAACUGAUUCGCGCCACGCCCUCAUUUCCCAGAAUCUCAAUCUUCACCUCACCGAACACGGUGGCAACCAAGCCCGAGCUUUUGAGCCAGUGGAAAGAUGCAGGCGUAUCAGUUAUUGUUGGCGACAUCACCAACGCGGAAGACGUGAAGAGAGCGUACGGCGGGGUUGAUACUGCCAUUAGCUGCCUGGGCCGAGGGGCUUUGGAGCAUCAAUUUGAGCUCAUCCGGUUGGCGGAUGAAUCGGACUCUGUCCGCUGGUUUUUCCCAUCGGAAUAUGGCACGGAUCCAGACCAUGACCCUAGCAGUGCUUUCGAGAAACCUCAUCAAUUCAAGCGGAGGGUGCGCAAGACAUUCGCAGAGGACGUGAAGAAUUUGAAACCUACAUACUUAGUUGUGGGACCAUACAUUGAGAUGUGGGUGGACGGCGACGAGACAUUCGGCGGGUUUGAUAUAAAGAAUAAAAAGGCGGCUCUUCUUGGAGAUGGAGAGCAACCCAUUGGAUUUACAGCCAUGGAAGAUGUCGGUAAAGCAUUGGUAGCAGCGCUACAGCGCCCAGAGGUGUCGGUUGGUAAGGUGCUCAAAAUCGCCUCGUUUACAAAGUCGCCAAAUCAGAUCCUGGCCGAAUAUGAAAAGCAGCUUGGACACAAGCUUGAUACCAAGUAUAUCCCACUGGAUGACGUUAAGGGCCUCGAGAAGAAGUACUGGGAUGAGGGUAAUCCACGUGCCGUUGUUGGCACGCUGCGACGGAUUUGGGCCACAGGCGGAGCGGUUUACGAUAAGCUGGAUAAUGAGGGACUUGGAUUGGAUGAAGGUCAACUGCAAUCCCUUGAAGAGGCAGUGCGAAACCGCAUUCAGGGUAAACCGUUUUAA